AGUUAUUAAUUAACGCCUCCAGUUUUCUCAAAAAAUUUACUUUAGUAUGGCUGGUGUUUUUGGUAAAAGUUACACAAAUCAAAUUUUAUUGAAAAAAUCGUGCAGAAGUUUUUACAACAUAAGAAGAACAUUUCAAAUUGGCAGAAAUGACGAGAUGUGUGAGAGUAGGAAGCGAGUAUUCCGACCGACACUGAUGACAGGCAUACAACCCACUGGUUUUCCUCACAUUGGAAAUUAUCUUGGGGCCAUUCAGCAGAGUGUUAAACUUCAGAAUUCUGAAAGUUAUGAUAAAAUAUUUUUUUCAAUCGUCGAUCUUCAUUCAAUUACUGUUCCACAAAAUCCAACAAUUCUUAGGCAGAAUAUAAUUAACUUAGCUUGCUCUCUCCUGGCAUGUGGUCUUGACAAACCACAGACUGUCCUGUUCCAGCAGUCCUCUGUGCCACAUCACACGGAGUUGGCUUGGAUAUUAGGUUGUCUCGCUACAUUAAAUAAACUAGAUCACUUGCCUCAGUGGAAGGAGAAGUCCCCUUCAAAGGAAGAUGUUUCUCUUGGUUUGUACUCGUACCCUGUACUUCAGGCAGCUGAUGUUCUCAUUUACAGGGCGACAGAUGUACCAGUUGGAGAUGAUCAAAUUAAACACAUGGAGUUUGCCAGACAUCUUGCUAGGCAGUUCAACAAGAUCUAUAGUCCUGUAUUCCCUAUUCCUAAACAAAUUACAAGCCAACACAUUAGAAUAAAAAGCUUACGUGAUCCAAUCCGCAAGAUGAGCAAAUCUGAGAAAGAUUCAAGAGGAAGGAUCGAGUUGUUUGACUCUCCUGAUGAGAUCAGAGAAAAACUCAGAAAAGCCGUAACAGAUUUGGGAACUGGCGGGAUGAUCGGGUACGAUAGUCAGGGUAGGCCGGGUAUUUCAAAUAUAAUCGAUAUUCAUGCGGCUGUUGAAGGUUCAACGCCAGAUCAAAUUUGUUCCGAGUGCGCUCAUCUGACCACUGUAGAAUACAAAGAACGAGCGGCUGAGGCAAUCAUUGAAAUGUUGAAGCCGAUUCGUGCGCGUAUCGUUCACCUGAGAAAUGAACCUCAGCACGUUGUAUCUGUACUCAGUAAAGGAAAUGAAAUUGCCGCCCAAAACGCCGCCAAAACAUGCGCUGAAGUCAAAAAACUCAUCGGAUUAUCAUAAUCGUUUUUUUUUUGACAAUUUUCAAUACCGAUCCUGUCAUUGUUUUCUUUUUGUUGUGAUAAAAUAUUUUAGAUCUACGGAGUAUCUAUCUUGUAAAAUUAGUUGUUUUGCAUUCAAUUAGGUAUUCAAAUACAAAUUAUCUCAUUGUUUAUUUAGUCUGAUGGCACAUCAUGUGGUUUAUAUACCAUCGAAUUUGUUGAUUCUUGCACCAAAUACAAACUUGUUAUUCGCCGUCAUACCUGCUUAUGAGAAAGUUACAUUUAUUUUGGUUUUAUUUUCAUAUUAAUUUCGUUUCGUCGUUCAAUUAAAUCAUUCAUUCACUCAUCUGAUCAAAUUAUUAUGGUUUGUUUUUAAUUACAGCAAAUUUUACUCAAAAUAUAAGCGAAUAUUUAUUU